UACACUGUAAAACUGUCAAAUUACGCGCGUUAUUUUGUUCUGCAGUUCAUGAUUGUUUAUAACUUUAUAUGAUUAAAUUUUAAUAAAUAUAUAAUGCAAGCUUUCUUAAAAACUGGUAAAACAACAGACAAAUCUCAACAGAGCACGUCCAGUGGUGCGCAUACAGGUGAACGCCGUAAGCCACCAGCACCAUGGGUUGAAAAAUACCGCCCGAAAAGCGUUGAUGAUGUGGUGGAACAGUCUGAAGUAGUAGCCGUGCUACGCAAGUGCGUUGAGGGCUCAGACUUGCCAAACAUGCUUUUAUACGGCCCACCAGGUACAGGUAAGACCAGUACAAUACUUGCUGCUGCCAGACAAAUAUUUGGAGACCUAUAUCGUGAACGUAUACUUGAGCUGAAUGCCUCUGACGAACGCGGCAUUAACGUUGUGCGUACUAAAAUUAAGAACUUUGCGCAAUUAACAGCUAGUAGCACUCGACCGGAUGGACGUCCAUGUCCACCUUUUAAAAUUAUAAUACUGGAUGAAGCAGAUUCAAUGACACAUGCUGCACAGGCGGCUCUACGUCGUACCAUGGAAAAAGAAAGCCGCAGCACACGUUUUUGUCUAGUGUGCAACUAUGUAUCACGUAUAAUUGAACCCAUAACCUCACGUUGCACCAAAUUUCGCUUCAAGUCAUUGGGAGCAGAGCAGAUUACAGCACGCUUGCGGCAUAUAUGUGAGAUAGAAGGCGUUCAAAUUGAAGAUAGUGCUUAUAAUUCAAUUGUUGAUAUAUCUGGUGGUGAUAUGCGUAGAGCCAUCACUACUUUACAGUCAUGCUACCGUCUGAAGGGGGCGUCCAAACCAAUAUCUACAGAGGACUUGCUUGAAAUGUCUGGCAUUAUACCAGAAAAGUAUCUCGUAGACUACUUAGAGGUAUGUCGUUCUGGCAAUUACGGGAAGCUGGAGGACUUUGUACGUGAAAUUGGCUUUGAAGCUUACAGUAUUGGUCAAAUGCUGGAGCAAUUUAAUGAGUACGUCUUACGAUGUCCAACUUUAACAAACAUGCAAAAGGCUUUGAUUUGCGAUAAACUCGGUGAAAGCUCUUUUCGUCUACAAGAUGGCGGUUCAGAAUAUUUGCAAAUUAUGGACCUUGGCUGUUCUAUUAUAUUAGCACUUAAGGAAAAGUAACUUGAAAUAUUUGUUUUUAUGUUUAUUACAUGUUUUUAAUAUAUAAUCUUUUAAAAUUAAA